UUUCUGGACUAGAAGAAUGCAGAGCAGGCUGGCUUUUGUCAGGAGAAGUUGGUUAUCCCAGGAUUCACAGAAAUUGGAAUUGUGGCCAAAACAGAGUAGGCAUUAUACUCAUAUGGAGUAAAAAAAACUUGCUUUGAAAAAUGGGAUGUGUAUUGCUAUAAACUUGAUGAUGACCUGCUCUGCUUAUAAUAAAUUAAUACAACCGGAAGGCAACAUUUUUUGAACAGUAAAUCAGUGAACACGUCACUGGUCACAACAUUACUUUCCUCAAGGAAGAAUGUUUCUAAGAAACAAGAAAUGGCUAAACCAAAUCUGACCAAGACAGAGAAGGAUAAAAAUGAAACAAUUCAAUUUUCAAAUUCAACAGAACCAUCCUUCUGAGUGAACAAAGUAAGGAUCUAUACAGUACAGAAAUUUCAACUUCAGUAAUAUCUGCACAAUCUUCAAUUGCCUUUUCUGUCAACAAUCCAGAAGCGGAGAGCAAUAAGGAGCCUGUCAACUCUGAUAAAUGUUCAAAAUGUAAGCAUCCAUUAGAAACUGAAGAAAAAGGCAAAGUUACUGCGGACUUUGAUUAUGUGUGAAUUGUUCUACGUCUGAAAUAAUGAACAACUUGACCAGUGGGACUAAAAAAUGAAAACCGAUCUGAAGUGAUAAGCAGUUUGUCCACAACUUCCACUUCAGAAUUGUUACAAAUUUGGAAUGUGACUGUGGAUGGAUUUGCAGCCUCGAAAAUAAAUAAUGAUACAGGAGAUGAAGACUUUAUAUCCUCUCAAGCUUUAUCUAAUCAGCAAAAGCUAAUGGGGGUUAGUAUCCCCACUGUUGGUCUUGAAUCUGCUAAUGCUGCAGCCAGCUCUGUGACUACACAAACAGUGCAACCAAAUAUGCCUUUGGUGACACUAAAACCUGCAUCUCAAAUAUCACAGUUACAAGAUUUAUAACAGAAACCAGCAAUAAAUUAAGAAGACUAGUGACAUAUACAUUUGACACAGAGUUACCUUCAUCUUCCGUUGGGACUGUAACAUCUGGACUGCCUUUGGAAGAUGGUAUUAAUGACAAAAACCAAAUGGCUUGAGACUAACAGCAGACUCUCUGAAUGGAUUAAAACAGUUCCCUUCAUCAGAUUCAAAUGAUUACACAAUGGAAAAGUGUACAUGUGAUGGAAUUAAUAACACAUACUCAGAGUUGAACCUGGAGAAGCCAGUUAUAGAAAUGAGGAAAAGGGGAAAAAAUCAAAUUGGCUUUUCGAGGAGGAGUUGGCCAGUUAGAUUUUAUUAACACAAACGGGGCAACACAUUUGGGAAAAGCUCAUAGAAAACCCAAGGUAUUCACUACACAUCUUCCAAUUUUUCCAAGUACAAUGUUCAGAAUGAACAAUACAGCGUUGCUGGAGAGGACUAAUACAGGAGAUAGUUUUCACCUUAAGGCACCUGAAAUUGAUAACAUUCUGUAUCUGAACGGAACAAAACAGAAGAAUCAAGGUACAGAUCAACUUGAUUUAAUCAGAAGAGGCAAUACAGCCCUUUCAGAAAUAAGAAGAAAUUAUAAGGCAGCAAUAAAUCAUCUACAAAUAACUGAGGCAAGCCUUCCACAAAAUGCAGACACAAAUAUACAGCGGGCCACACCUAGUCCAGGUGAAGUAGCUUUUCCAGUAACAUCCGCUGCUAGGAUAAAUGUAAAGCCUGUUACCUUCAAAGUAAGUGGUUUUUCACAAGCAGAGAUGUCCAGCAAAGACCAGCUGGAGAAAGUAAAUAAAGAAUCAAACCUGAUUAUAAAUAAUAAUGGAGAAUUAUUUGGGUCCAGAAUGUAUGAUGGGGACCAACCUACGUGGAGCUAAUCCGCAUGAUCCAGAAUCACAAUCAACAGUUAGUACAGAAAGAAAUGCACAGAUAGGUACAAUCAGUGAAGUAAAUACACUACAAAAAACUGAAUACAGUACUGAUCAUGCAUUAAAGUUGGUGCCAACAGCAAGUGGUUCAAUCCUGUCCAGAAUAAUUACAGCUCAAGGCAGAUUUCAGCAAUCUAUAAACAAUGAAAUGAAGGAAUCAAUCACAUCUAAUGUUCAGUCAACUGUUUCCAGUGGAGGUGCAAGAACAAAUCAAAUGGUUCUGGCCCAUCAGAAAGCAAUGCAAAAGAGCCUUCCUCAUACAUUCAUACACUUCCUUGAGGUUGUACAGCAGGAUGUCACCUCAGAUAAAGCUCCUGUCAGCAUAACAACCGGUAAGAAUUAUUUACAUAUGAUCGGAAAUGAUAACAAUGUUCACUUUCUGGCAAAUGCAGAUACAACUACACACCAGGCAGUUGAAACUAAUCCUAACAUCUCAGAGCCAUCUUUCAUAAUUAGUGGAAAUAGCACAGUGCUGCAAAAUUCUUCCGAAGGCAUUGGUGGAGAUAUUUCCAGGCACAUCCACUGGAGCAUAUGAAGGACGACAGGUAGCAGGGACAGAAGGAGUUCCAUUACCAAAACAGCAAGUUGGCCCAUAUUUUUGUGAAUCAUUUGACGAUGGAGAGUUUUUCCUCAUUGGAUGUAACCAAUAUUGCCAACAUCACAGAUGGACACCACUGAAUCUUCAUUGCCAGCUACAUCAUCUGCAAGUCCUGCAUCUGCCACCAAUGAAUCAUUAAAGGUCCAUCAGAUGAGCACUUUGAGCUCUCCAGCUGUCACCACGGAAAUAAUACCAAAAGGAGAAACAAUACUUCAUUCACUUCCUCAUUAAUGCCCUCAGAUUCAUGUGGUGGUGUGAUGAGACAAUCUGAAGGAAGGUUUCAGACACCACACUAUCCACAAUCCUACCCAAGUAACAUGGAGUGCACCUGGAGAUUGAAGCUCCUCGGGAUACCUCAUCCGUUUUGGAUUUUAUUUCUUUGUUUAUCGAGGAACACAAGGACUUGCAAGUAUGACUAUGUGGUUGUUUAUGAUGGCAAAGGACCCAACAAAGUGGAAAUGGGCAGAUUCUGUGGAUCUAAACUGCCACCACAGCUCCAGGGAUCAUCCAAUACAAUGAGCAUCACAAUGAGGUCCGACUCCUCUAUGGAACUAGAGGGAUUUUCAGCUCAGUUCAGCACUUUUCAAAUCCCUGCAGGUUAUAUUCAUCUGGUUGGAGGAAAGAAUAUUUAUGACGGCGUAUUGGAAAUUGAGUCUGAUGGGCAAUGGGGAGGAAUAUGUGCCAACCAUUGGACCAAUAGAGAUGCCACAGUAGUGUGCCGCCAGCUGGGCUUCAGUGGACCUGCUUUAGCUGCAAGGGUUGAUGCAAGCCAGCAAAGUCCACAGACAGCUUCUCAUAUUAAAUGUAGGGGAGAUGAGGUGACAUUGCAGGACUGUGACAUCAAACCAAAUGGUACAUGUGCAAUGGGAAAACGUGCAGCAGUGUUCUGCAUGGUUAUGGAGUCCUGUGCAGCCUUAAAGAGUGCAGGUGUUCGAGAGUCUGGGAUCUUCACCAUUGAUCCUGAUGGUGUGGACGGUGGAGUUGAUCCUUUCCCCGUGGAAUGUGACAUGAUCUCUGACUCCACAACAGGUUAG